AUGACCAAGUGGGGAUGUCCGACUACGUUUUUGUCGGACAACGGACUGCAUUUCUACUCGAAGCUCUCCAUGGCGAUCUACGAGGUGAUGAAGAUCAAGAAGGUCACCACCAGCUCCUACCACCCACAGACCAACGGCGGCACGGAACGCGUCAACCACACGAUGGCCCAGAUGCUUGCGGAGGUCGCCACGAACAGCAAAACGAUUGGGACGUACAUCGCCCGCACGUUGAGUGGUCAUCUAAUCUUGGCCCGCGAUCAACUCGAGUAUUGCAACCUGGCUGUCGAUCGCCAGCGCCGGGCCUACGAACUUGUCCGUGAGUACAACGCCCUGAAGAUUUCGCGAGUCGAACGCCGAAAUUCAUCCCUGCUGGACGCCAUUCACAAGCUCCCUCAGUUUACCGUUGGCGGGUGGGCUUGGGUGUACAACAUGGCUGCUACAAUUCGACAGGGUGUGCAGAAGGACACGGACCAACAGGUGCUCAAGGCCAAAUUCGCACUUUCCUGGUCAGGGCCCUACAAAGUUCUUGCGCUGGGUCCCGGUUCUGCCGACGCCACUCCGGACGGCCGCCCGUUGGCGCAUAAACUCCUCUACCUGGACCUGCCUUCCGAUCUUUCCGGCCCGGCAGCUCGUUGUCGCGUGUCUGUCCUUCGUUGCAAGCCCUGUCGAAAUCCUUACGAGACGGACGACUUGCCGCAAUCUCUGCCCGCCGAGCUUUCGCGUUAUGUUCUGCACUCGUUCGGAGAUAAAUGUCCACCUUUCCACGUCACCGCGGAUGAUGUGUCGGUGCCUGUCGGGCGCCUCGAGGUCGACUACAUCGGGACAUCAACUGGUGCGGGGCCGUAG